CCGGAGCUGUGUCUGCAACAGCUCAAGGCAAUGCUGGAUCCUUAAUCCACUGAGGGAAGCCAGCCAGGGAUUGAACUUGCAUCCUCAUGGAUAGUAGUUGGGUUCGUUACCACUGAGCCACAUUGGGCACUCCCCAUCAUGGUAGGUUUUUUAGAGUUUACAAGAGAAGCUGAAAAUGUGGGUUUAGGGUGAAUUUUCCUCAAUUUUAUAAUAUUUUGUGGGUCAUGCUCUUCUAUCUCUGGCAUACCAGUUUACCUCCUUUACUUUAAUGCAUUUUCAGUGCAUUCUUAAAGAUUUCAGUGUGUGCUUUUCCAAGAUAUAUUUCUUCUAGCAAACCCAUGUGGGAGCUAAUCAUGAUGUCAGUAUAAGUCUGUUUGCUAUCCACUAACAUAUCUGAGUUGUCUUGGAUUGUUCCAGCCCAUCACAGAGCCUUGUGGCAUGGAGGAUGGCUGAAAACAGUGGGUGUGUAAUUUGGAAAACUGUAGAUUAAUGGCCUCUAUUUUAUUGAAAGUUCCUAGGUAGCAAUCUUGAUUUGGGUAGAUAGGUAGUAUGGUCAUGUCAAAAAGAUGACCUGUAUCUUCCACUCAAAUCCUUUCCUGGUAUUUGGCUUUGAUUAGUUAUCUCCUUGUAUCAUUCUUGAUAAGCCAGAUGUCUUCCUGAAUAAUAUUUUCUAGGUAUUUUCUAGCUGACAGAAAACCAGUGGGGAAUACCAGAGACUAGAGAUGUAGCAGGGGUAGAAAGUGUAAUUGUAUCUUUCAGACAAAAUUGUUGAUUGAUCACAUCUAUUCCCUAUAUUUAAGAGAUCUAGAAUUGGAAUAAUUAGACCUGGUAUUGGUUUUAACUGAUCUCAUAUAAUGUAUGUGUUAAUAACUAGUAGAGGAAAAACUAUGUUUUUUUUUCUCUCUAAUAUUUAAGCUCACAGAAUUAUGAUUCACAAAGAGCAUACCUUAACUGUCUUUAAUAGCCAGUCAUAUUGAAUAUUAGUGAAGCUCAAAUUUGUAAAAUUUUAGACUUCUAAUUGCACAUAUUUCAUCAAAAAAUUUAUAAUGCUGUUUGCAAGGCUUUUGAUCCAUAGUGUUCUAGAAAAAAAAUUCAGUACCAUAGGCAGAAAAAUCAUGUUUCAGGUAAUAGAGUAUGUCACCGCAUACAAGUCCAUUCUAACUUCAAUCAAAAAAGAAUAUGAUGCCUUUAUUGAAACUAUAAAGAAAGACCAAAGAACUGCAUUCUCUCUUCAUGGAAAACUUAAAGUUUUGGCAGGAGAGCCCACGGCAUUGAUAUAUCACAGGAAAAGAAUACUCCAACUUCAAGCAAAGAUGAAGCAUAUUGAAAAUAAUUCCUCAAAGAUUCAAUUGCAAAUAGAUGAAAUUAAACAACUUAGGGCAGAGUAUGACGCAAAAGAAGUACAAUCUUGUACUUUCUGCAAAGAUCCUUCAAAACCUAUUCCAGGUAUGACUCUCCAAGAAUCUGUCAAUUUAGAUGCUCUCACUAAAUACUUGAAACAUCUUGAAGAUAAAUAUGCAGAAGUUGAACAGCUUAUAUCAAAAAAAUAUGUACCAGCUCAGAGGAAGGCAGAUUUAGAAGAGGAGGUGAUUGUGGUAUUAGAACGUCGAGAUUUAGCUGAAAAUCUGAACAAAGAAUUACAGUGUCGUCAUCAAAGACUGCAGAUUAUUUCACAGGCACUUACUUCGUGGAUAAAAUCUGAUAUGAGCAGAUCAUUUCAAGACAUGGUGGAGCAAAUUCGGAAAACUAAAGAUUUUCAUGAUGAACAAGGCAUCGUUGAGGAAAUCCUUGAAGAUGAUCCUGGCAAGGCAAAAGAAGCUGAACUUUUGCUUUACUAUGUUGAAAGGUUCAAUGAAUUAAUCUCACUUGGGGAAUAUGAAAAGGCAGUUUAUUUUGCAGUGAACAGUCCUAGAAGAAUUCUUCAAAAUGUUGGAACAAUGAAUAAAUUUAAGGCUGUUGGAAAAAUUAGGGGAAAGCUUUUCCCAUUACUCUUAUUUUUUGAAGCUAUCUUUAGCAUAAGUCAUGCUUUUAGACAUCCUGUUGAUGCAGAACUAACUCUGGAAGGAAUCAAAUGUGGAUUAUCUGAGAAACGUUUAGAUUUAGUUAUCAAUUGGGUCACCCAAGAAAGGCUGACAUUUUCUGAGGAGGCUGGAGAUGUGAUUUUUGAUUAUGGGGAGCAGGAUACUUAUAACAAGUCCAAAUGCCUGGCUUUAGCUCAGAUUAUCUAUAGUGAAUGUGGCCUGCAUAAGAAAGUACUUCUUUGCCUGUGUAAACAGGGUCAAAUUCAUGGGGCUAUGGAAUAUAUACAACAAUUCAAGGACUUUACUUCCGAUGACCUGAUGCAGCUAAUAAAGUUAUGUCCCAACAUUGAAUUAAUCCAGUGUCUCACUAAAGAAUGGAAUGGGAAACCACCAUCUUUAUCUUUUGGUCUUGCUCUACUUUACCUGUUUUCUGUAGAUAUGAAAAAAGUUGGCAUUAAGCUACUUCAAGAAAUAAAUAAAGGUGGGAAAGAUGCAAUCGAACAUCUUAUGAUAAAUGAUCCAUUUUGCUCCCUAGAAAAGUGGCAAGAAGUGGCAAAUAUAUGUUUACAGAAUGGCUUUGACAAAUUGUCUAAUGACAUCAUGUCCGUUCUUCGAUCUCAGGCUGGAGUUACAGAAAUUUCUGAAGAGGAUGAUACAGUCAACUUAAUGCAGCAUGUUUUUUGGUAGUUCUACAUUUUAACCAGCUGAGGGAGCCUGUGCAACAUUUUAUGUAUAUUGGUUGUGCAAACUGACCUUGGUAUAACUAACUUAAAAAUAAACUAGCAUGUAAAAGUUCAGAAAUAAGUCAUGCUGCUUUUGUUAUGAU